AUGAUCUACUCCUCACCCGGGAAACGUAGGCAGGAGCCGAUAACGUCUACGAGUGCAACUGGCCGAAAAACUUAUUCUCUGGAUGUUGCGCAGGGACAGGACUCCUCGGUGGCAUCAGGGAGUCGGCAAGUUCUAAGCGAUCCGCACCCGGAAUCCAGAUCAGAGUCGGCCGUGACAAAAUUAUGUAGCCGAGUAGCUAGUAUAACGGCUGCUUUCGCCGGCGUGGCGCGCUUUAAACCUAUCCUGGACCGGGAAGGAGAUUACCUGCUGACCCUCGCGUUCCUCUGUAUCGGACUAGCAACGUCAGAUUUAUCGCCAUAUAAACCGAGGGGAUGGCGUCCUAAUGGUCGACGCUUUAAUCCCGCCAACAAUCGAUUGCAUGCGUAUUACGGGCCCCCCGGAUUACCAGCCUAUGAACCGCCGUACUCGACGAGCCAGCCCCCAAUUUUCACCACCGCUGCGGCCGCCACCGACCCGCCGGCAACGACAACGACGAGCACCACAACGACCCCGCGAACCAGAGAGCCGACGACGACGACGACGACCCCUGACACCAGUAACCCCGAGGAGGAUUUCGAAUCAAACCCGGCACUAGCGAUCGCCAACUCGUUCGCGUUCAAUCGGCCUGUUUACAUUUACAACACCUUCCCUUUCUUACCUGGACAAGUUCUUGUUAGAUGAAUAAAUCAUAAUUCCUAAAUUAU